AAGCCGGAAGUAUGCGUCAGGUGGGGGUUCGAAGUCGGCUCGUAUAACACGCUGCCAAGCGAAAGUUGUUUGUCAGGAAGUCUUCACGCCAGCGUCCUCAGUCACUCGCUUCCACUUAUUCAUCACACUUGAAGGGACACGAAGAAGGAAAAAGGCCCUUCCGUCUCCGCCACCACCAUGUCCGGACACGGACACCACGACCACGGCUGCAGCUGCGAGGGCUCACAUGAGCCCGCGGAGAGGGGCAUCGAGUACGGACUGUACCGGCGCAUCGACCUGGACAAGGUGCAGUGUCUGAACGAGAGCAGAGACGGCGACGGCAAGCUGGUGUUCAAGCCGUGGGACCAGCGGAACGACCGGGACAAGUAUGUGGAGAGUGACGCAGACGAGGAGCUGCUGUUCAAUAUCCCUUUCACAGGUAGCGUGAAGCUGAAAGGCGUCAUCAUCUCGGGAGAAGACGACGACUCUCAUCCGGCAGAGAUACGACUGUACAAGAACAUCCCUCAGAUGUCUUUUGACGGCACGGGAAGAGAACCAGAACAAGCCUUCAGACUCAACCGAGACCCCGGCGCCCAGCUGGAGUACCCAACAAAAAUCGCCCGUUUUUCCAACGUCCAGCACCUCUCCAUCCAUAUCUCCAAGAACUUUGGAGACGAGAACACCCGGAUCUACUACAUCGGCCUCAAAGGGGAAUACUCAGAGGCUCACCGACACCAAGUGACCAUCUGCAACUACGAGGCGGCCGCCAACCCCGCAGAUCACAAAGUGGAGAGCAUCGUCCCGCAAACCGACUUCAUCUCCUGACGCCUCACAGAGGAGACAGAAGGCGAGGAGGAGGAAGAGCGUAAAGACGCAUUUGUCCUUCGCGUGCCCGUGUGUGUGAGAGGACGCCCUCAAAGUGGUGGGGGUGUCACCCUUGUUCAUGUGAAAGCUUGAUGGCUUUGUAACCUGCUGGUAGUGACUGCUCAAAUAAAAGCUUUUCACAUUU